AUGUCCCUAUUUCUGUUCAGCGAAAAUGGAAGUAGCAAAGCAAACUUCGGCAAAGAAUAUCAUAUUAAAAAUUCCAUCCACCCCUUGGUUGUUCUUCGUCUUGUUCGCCCCGUGUAUCUCUCGUCGUUAAACGCGAUUUCUUCAAGCAACGCGUCCAUGAACGAUCCGUUGAGUCCAGGUACGAGCAACUGCUCAUGGACGUCCUGUAGAGAGGGUUGCACCAAGGAGCUCUACGAUUGCACGCAAAUACGCGUCAACUAUAAGCUACCCGUUAACGCGUCCGAUGAUGACGACGGACAGGGUGAGGGAGGUGGAGCGGUAGGAGGUGUCGAGGAUGACGAAGACAGCACGACGAUGGGGAAACCGCGUUACGAACGCUCCCUGAGGGAGUACGAUUACGUCGAGGAUCUCGACGACGACUUCGCCGAGGACGACGACACUGGACUGCCGAAACCCUUCCCUACAGGUCUCAUGGGCAACGACUCCGAGUGGUACUUCACCGGGGCGAAGCUGUUCCCGAACGUAAAAGGCUGUGGAUACCCUCCAAUGCUGAAUUGCAGUAUUUUCUACAGGCAGUACUCCAACAUAGGGCAGAACUUUAGCUGUUACUACUCGAAAGUGGACCCCGGGAUAGUCAUCAGCGACCUCGACAUGUGGCAGGUGUACAUGAAUCUGGUGUACGCGAUGGCGAUUCCGAUACCGUCUUUCAUAAUCUCGGUGAUAUACCUCACCAUCGCCUACUUCAAGAUCUACAACGAAGACGAGGUGGUCCUCGUGGGCGGCGAGGAGGGCGAGGACGGCGGCGAGGGGGAUGGUAGCAACGCGACACCCCUGCCAUUGACCAGCGGCGCCCUAACGCCCGGCAGCGAGGCAUUCAGGGAAGACCUGACAAGCUUCGGCUAUCAGCUGGAAAUCGCCAUGGCCGACGAUAACAGCAGGGACAAGCUGGAUGGGAUAGCAAACUCGUACUCCAAUCAGGGAAACUUGAGCAAGACGAUGACAACGAGUAUCUCGACAGCCCCUGGGCCGACGGCAGCAGUCUGAAGCGGCACUUUCAAGGUCUGAACAACAUCUCGUGGAAACCGCACUAAAGUGACCCAGGAAACGGGGACGGGAGGAAUCGCGCAGGAGGGAAAGAAAGAGAAAGAUAGAAAGAUAAAGAGAGAUGAGUAGGGGAGGAUAGGUUCUAACGUAGCUUAUUGAAGUUACCGGCCGCGGACAGCCAAUAUUCUCUCGUCGACUAACAAGAGGAACGAGGGAAGAAGGAAGGGAAGAGGAAGAAGCAGACGACGAAGCAACCGAGCGCUAAUAACGGGCGAACUCUACCAGGAAGCAACAACGUAGCUGCCGGAAUUUUCACGGAGUCUACCGGAAAAGACAGAGAGAGAGAGAGAGAGAGAGAGAGAGAGAGAGAGAGAGAGAGAGAGAGAGAGAGGAAGAGUGAGAGAGGUCGACACGAUGCUCAACGCCGCGGUUUUCAUGGCGAGAACGGGGACGUCGAUUUGCGUCCAUGUCCACGGGCGUUCUCUCCUCCAAACGAUCCACAGAGAUAAAAAGACGGGUGAUCGAUCAGUGAUCCAGAGUGUAUUGUACGACGUAGCAUACAUAGUAUUUAAAUACGCCCGCACCGCUGUCGCAUAAUUGUCCCUGCCCCCCUCCUCCUGUACGCGCUGAUCACAUCAUCCAUAGAGAUAUAAACAAUAUUUUGUGACCGACUUUUUUCUACUCGAUAACCGGCCGUGCCGCGACACCAACCGUCUCCGAUACGGCGGACCACCGCGAGAUAGCAGUUCCGCCGAUCGAUCGAAUUCCGUCGAGGACUCGUCCAU